AUGGGAAAGCCACAUGCACUACUUAUACCUUAUGCAGCACAAGGUCAUGUAAUCCCCAUGAUGGAGCUUAUGCAACGAUUAGUCAACCAUGGUGUAAAAGUCACAUUUCUUAAUACAGAUUUCACUCAUAAAUUGGUUAUCAAUGCUUUCUCCACAGAUGAAAACUUGAAUGAUUUAGCAAGCUUUGUGUCACUACCAGAUGGUGUGGAAGCAGAAGAGGACAGAAAGGAUGUUUGUAAAUUAGCAGAUGCAAUCUUUCAUGUCAUGCCUUCAAAACUUGAAGAGCUUAUUUACAAACUUAACAUAAAUGAGGGAGAGAAAGUUACAUGCAUUGUUGCUGACACGUGUAUGGGUUGGGCCUUUGAAGUUGCAGACAAGUUGAGAAUCAGAAGUGCAGCUUUUUGGACUGCAUCCGCUGCAGGAUUGGCUUUGUUAUGGAGCAUCCCAAAGUUUCUUGAAGAUGGAAUCAUAGAUAACAAAGGGAUUCUCAUGAAGAAACAAAUGGUUCAGUUAUCACCGACAAUGCCGGCUAUAAAUUCUGAAAACUUUAUGUGGGCCCGCAUUGGUGACAUGAAGACGCAAGAAACUGCUUUUCAUUUCGCAAUAAAAACCAAUGAGUUUGUGAAGCUUGCAGACUGUGUAAUUUGCAAUUCAGCUUAUGAACUCGAGACUUCAACAUUUACUUCAUUUCCGGAUAUUUUACCAAUAGGCCCAUUGUUAGCAAGCAAUCGUGUAGCCAAACAAAUUGGCCAUUUUUGGAAAGAGGACUCCACGUGUCUGACAUGGCUUGAUCAACAUCCAAUAGGGUCAGUCAUCUAUGUCGCAUUUGGUAGUUUCACAGUUUUUGAUUCUAGACAGUUUGAUGAGCUGGCAGUUGGACUUGAAAUGACGAAUAUGCCCUUCCUGUGGGUUGUACGUCCUGACAUGUUUGAAGAUAUGAAGAAUGAUGGAUUUGAUGAUAGAAUAAGCGAACGUGGGAAGAUAGUGGGGUGGGCCCCACAGCAGAAGGUUUUGAAUCAUCCUUCUGUGGGUUGCUUUAUGUACAUUUCUGAUGUUUGGAAAACGGGAUUGGAGUUUGAAAAAGAUGAAAGUGGUAUUGUUUCAAGUGAAGAAAUCAAGAAUAAAAUUGAACAGGUAUUAGAAAACAAGGAAUUUAAGGUCAGGGCUAUUGAUCUUAAAGAAAAGGUUGCAGUUGCUUUAACCGAAGGUAGCCACUCAGAAAAGAAUUUCAGCAACUUCAUUGACUGGAUACAGGAUACAGAUAAUUAA